CGCGCGCUGAGGCAGCAGAGUGGCCUGGGAAGUGCGGUUGUCCAUGGCCCGCGGUCUGGUCCGGGGGGUCGGGUCCCCGGGGCUCCGGAAGGCGCCGCGUGAACUCCAGGGCGCCCAGUGGAGUCUAGGCUUCUUGGGCCGGAGGUAGGUGAAGACGCCCAACCCUCCUGUGUCGGGAUCCCAGCCUGCUGGCCUGGGCCGGACCUGUCCGGAGCCCGGACCCGUCCGAAGCCUGUGAUCCAUCCGGAGCCCGGAACCCUCUGGAGGCCGGAACCUUCCGGAGCCCGGAACCUCUGGAGCCCGGACCCUUGAGCCCUCCGGAACCCGGAGCCGGGAACCCACGCUGCCGGAAUCGCAGAGGAAGUGCCCGUCCUGUGCCCCGGGCUAAGGAGCAGGGUAGGCUGUGCAGGUCCGGCCGGACUCCUGGCCUGAAGGAGCCCUCGCGGGCCCGGGGCUGCUGGGUUCCCGGCCCCCGCGUGACGAGGCCGGUGGACGCGGAGCCACGGGAACGCCCUGAGGCCUCCCUCCUGCCAGCGCUCCCGGUCCACACUGGCUGCCCUCCUCGGCCCCGCGGGAGCCAUGUCUCGGGGGUCGGUGACGUUCAGAGACGUGGCCAUCGACUUCUCCCCAGAGGAGUGGGCCUGGCUCCAGCCGGCUCAGCGGGACCUGUACCGGCACGUCAUGCUGGAGAACUACGGCCACCUGGUCUCCCUGGGUCUUCACAUGUCCAAGCCAGAUGUGGUUUCCUUACUGGAGCAAGGGAAAGAGCCCUGGCUGGGGAAAGGAGAUGUCAGAACAGCUUUCUUUCCUGUUUCAGAGUCAAAUAGUGAUAUCAGGAAAUUUUCUCCAAAAGAUGUCAUAUAUGAAGAUGACUUAUCCCAGUAUUUCAUAAAGGAGAGGAAUCUGAGCCAAGGCCCUGAACAUUCCAGUUUUAAAGGAGGUUGGGAAUACGAGGAUGUUACUGAGAUGCUACAAAGAAGUCAGGGAUGUAUCAGGCAAGUGACAGUCUCUCAUCAAGAAGCCCUGACUCCACGCGGUGUCAGUACCGUGGAGAGGCCCUUUGGGUGUCAUGAAUGUGGGAAAACUUUCAGUCGGCGCUUCUCCCUGGUGUUGCAUCAGAGGACUCACACAGGAGAGAAGCCAUAUGUCUGUAAGGAAUGUGGCAAAACCUUUAGUCAGAUCUCAAACCUUGUGAAACAUCAGAUGAUACAUACUGGAAAGAAACCCCACGAAUGUAAGGACUGUAGUAAAACAUUCAGUUACCUUUCAUUCCUCAUUGAACACCAGAGGACACAUACUGGGGAGAAACCCUAUGAGUGUACUGAAUGUGGAAAGGCCUUUAGCCGUGCCUCAAACCUCACUCGACAUCAGCGAAUUCAUGUGGGAAAGAAACAGUAUUUAUGUAGGAAAUGUGGGAAAGCCUUUAGCAGUGGUUCAGAACUCAUCCGCCACCAGAUCACCCACACUGGAGAGAAACCUUACGAAUGCACUGAAUGUGGGAAGGCGUUUCGCCGUUCUUCACACCUUACCCGACACCAGAGCAUUCACACCACCAAAACCCCCUAUGAGUGUGCUGAAUGCAGGAAAGCCUUCCGUUGCCACUCCUUCCUUAUUAAACAUCAGAGAAUUCAUGCUGGAGAGAAGCUCUACGAAUGUGAUGAAUGUGGCAGAGUUUUCACUUGGCAUGCAUCCCUCAUACAACAUAUGAAAAUUCAUACCGGAGAAAAACCCUAUGCUUGUACUGGAUGUGACAAAACCUUUAGUCGGAGCUUUUCCCUCAUCCUACAUCAGAUAACUCAUACUGGGGAGAGGCCCUAUGUAUGUAAGGUGUGCAAUAAAUCCUUCAGCUGGAGCUCAAACCUUGCCAAACAUCAGAGAACACACACUCUGGGGAAUCCCUGUGAAUAUGAAAAUUCAUUUAGUUUCCACUCAAUCCUUACUGAACACCAGGGAAUUCAUUUUGUUGAGAAAAAUAAAGAUGUUUGCAUUUAAAAAUAUAGCAGCUAAUGCCUUACUUUGAUUUCAGUGCCUUAUGUGAAUGUGUUAAGGUGUGAAGAAUGGCGAAGCCAUGUAAUCCAUGCCUGGAGAAAAACCCCAGGAAUAUGUGGGGAAGUUAUUAAAGCUUUUUUUUUUUUUUUUUUUUUUUGUAAUAUCAGAAAGUGCAUUCACUCAUUAUAGAGAACACUCUUCUUCUCGUAGGAUUUCCUUGUACGUUUAUAAACUUCUGCCAGGAAAGGGAUACAAGUGCAAUGCAAGUGAGAAAGCUUUUAGUUAGAAAUUUGCUCUCACCCUGCAUUUGUUAAUUCAAGCACAACAGAAUCAUGGGUAAGGGCGCACUUUUUCCUGGUCAUCACACAAUUCAUAAUGCAGCAGUCAUACAUAUAAGCAAUGAUUUGUGAAUGCUGCUUUUUUAAAUUUUAAAAUACUCUCUUAAGGAGAAAAAGUAACCCUAUAAAUGAAUUGGUUAUAGGUUGACUUUAUGCAAUAUUUUAAAUAUAUAGAAUUAUACUGGGGGCACCAUUAUAAUGGGUACAGGUCUGAGAGGGCGUAGAGGAAAUACCAUUGUGGGAAAUUUUUUUUAAUUACUGAGAGAAUCUUUGUUUAGCUUUUUAAAAAACAUUCAAGAGAGAGCUAUAAAUAAAUCUUUCGAUAUUCUGAAAAUUCAAGUAUCACAAUAUUGACAGCAAGAGUAGGUGUUUUUUUUUUGUGGAAACCACAAUCGUAGAAACAUUUUUAGGUGUCUUGUGGUUUUAACUGAGAUAGUUUUUUGACUUAAUGUUAUGCUAACUCAUGUUUAUCCUUUAAUGUGACUAGACAUGUGUUAGUCAGAAAUAAAUGUAAGUUAUAUCACAGGAAAAUGCCAAGGUAGUGUUCCUCUUUUGUUGCAUUUACAGUGAGUACAUUUAUUUGUAAGUCCAUACUUGUGAAAAUAAACCAUAUUAUGUUCA